AUGCUCAUAUCCAUGACCAAGUUCCCACUGGCACUAGCCCUCUCCCUUCUCGCACUCCCUCUUUCCCUCGCAUCCACCCAGGAUCCUACAUUCACUCCAACUCCCAUGCCCCAGCCCACAACUCAAACCCGUACAGUCCGCUCCUGCACAGUCCCCGCAACGAUCCCCUGCCUCCCAACCUGCUUCUGCCCAAUGGAAUACAACUCCCUCAAUCACCCCCGCUUCACACCCACCCCCGUCCAAAUCGGGACUAUAUGCCACCCUUGCACCGCAUGUGCGCUGGUCUCUACCACCCGCGGUGUCCCUCGUCCCACACCUCUUCCCGACCCCACGAUCACGUCGUUGGGCGCGGUGUGCACACCGGAGCAGGGAAACGAGUUUGAUAAGAAGUUUUGGAUUAUUUGUCCGGAGGCGCAGGACAAGGUGUAUACCUGGAUGGAGACGAGUACGUGGGUGUGGACGCCGACGGCGAGCCAGGUGACGAGUACGGCGUGCGUGUUUGAGGGGUGUUAUGACGUUGAAAGUAGUUUGGACGCGCCGACGUCGUAUGCAACUGCGACGAGUUGGGUGGGGUGUUGA